AUGACCAGCCGCCUUGAUCGUCUUUUUGUGCUGUUGGGAAAUUGUCCUAAUGCAUCUUUACGGACUGCAGCUGCGGAACAACUUGGAGAGGUCGCAAAGAGUAGUCCAUCAAACAUUGACUAUGUGUUCACCUGUCUUAUCCCUCUGUUACGUCAUAAAAAUUGGGUUUCUCGUGUUGCUGCAUCAGAAGCUAUUCGUCAUAUUGUUCGUAACUUACCUAAUUGGGAACCAACUUUACAGUGUCAAAGCGAUGUAGAUCAAAAAUAUGCCUCAGAUAAUGGCUUCCUCAGUUUAAGUGAACUUCGAAUUGACAGUGUCCUAGCUCAAGGAGCUCGACUUUAUAGUAUGGAUGCACGUGAAUUAGACAAAGAUAACAAAUCAAGUCAUUUUGAACGAUAUAAAAAGAAUAAUGAAAAUACAAUGGAAUGUGAUGCGCAAACAGAUGUUCACUCUUCUCAACUCUUACUACCAGUACAACGCCAAGAAAUCAAUAGUCGUUUAGGCUUGGAAAAUGGUAAUCUAUUGACUGAAGUUUUGGAGAGUCAUGCUAAUGUCUCAAUCAAUAAAUGGAUUACAACAGACGAUUUGACUGAUGAAACACAAUCUGGAUUCACUCAAAUCGAUGUGGAGACUUGUGUACGAAGUGCUUACUUCGGUAAUACGGACAAAGAUAAGAAAAGAUACAAUUCCUGUCAAUCCCCAAUUCAAUGUGAUACAAAACGUAUCAAACUAGAUCCAUCAAGUGAUGUUGGAACCAUUGAUAAAUGUGCAAAGGAUGUUCAAGCCACUACCGCUCCUGCUGUAUUAAAUCAACCAUUGGCUUAUUGGCCAUUAGACAAAAUAUGUACUACACUUUUAGGUGAUUUAUGGGCAUUACGUUGGGAGACACGUCAUGGGGCAGCUUCUGGUCUACGUGAAUUACUCUCAGAGCCAAGACAUACAAGACAAGCUGGAAAAUGUGUUGGCCAAUCAGAAAUUGAGAUGUAUAACAGUCAUUAUCAAUAUUUAGAAGAUAUUGUAGUUCGAGUAUUGUGUACAUUAGCAUUAGAUCAAUUGUCUGAUUUUAUUUCAGAUGAAAUUGUUGCUCCAGUACGUGAAACAGCUGCACAAUUAUUAGGUGUAUUAUCAUUGCAUUUAACACUGGAACAAAUAUUAUUAGUGACAAAACAUUUAAUAUUUCUAGUCUCAUUAAAUGAUGACACAAUCAAUCAAUUAUGUACAAAUAUACCUUGUCCGAAGGAGGAGAAUACAAAUACAUCAAAAAAUAGUUGGAUGAUAACACAUGGUGGUUUAUUAGGCAUUAAAUAUUUACUUGCUUCAAGAAAGGAUUUAAAAGAUACUCUAUUACCUCAUGUUACACCAUGUUUAAUUAGUCGAUUAUUUGGUAUACCAAUUACAACUGAUCAUCAAUCUAUAUCAUCUCCUCCUCCUCAACAACAACAACAACUAACUAGUUGUCAUCAUUCAUCUUCAUUGAAUAGUGCUAAUGCUAAUGUCAGUGCCCUGGUGGACGAUGAAGAUAUACGUGCAGCUGCUGCUUCAGCUUUAUUACCAAUUAUUGACACAGUAUGGAUUGAAUCAUUAAGUCAACAUGAAUAUCAUUUAUUUGUUAAACAUCUUUGGUCAUUGAUACGUAAUACACCAUCAGAUUUCUCACCAUCCACCGGUCCAGUACUUAGUUUAGUUUGUGCAUUAACUAAAGCUGAAUUAGGCAAGAAACAACAGAAUAAUAAUACAAUCAAAUCGGAAGUGGAUAUUAGUAUUUAUCAAAUUGAUACUAGUGAAAAGAUAAUGAUCAUAGCAGAACUAUUACAUCAUGUCUCUUCAUCGAUUCGUCAAAGUGCUUUGAAUACUUUACAAUGUGUCAUAGAAUCAUGUGAAGAACAAAUGGAAAUCUUAUCAGUGGAUACAUUACACAUAAUCUUGGAUAAUUUAUUUCAACGUAUACUAUUAGAAUCAUAUAGUUCAAUACGUGCCCUUGCUACUAAUCUUACAAUUCAAAUUAUUCAAACAGCUAAAAUCGAUUGUCUUGUUCAAGCAAGUAUUCGUCGUUUAGAUGUAUGGCUAUGUCAAGCUAUGCAACCAACUGGUAUACCUUAUCCAAAUAAAUUCUUAGUACCUUGUUUACAAUCUCAAUCUGGUGUACAAUUUACAACGAGUGGAUUGAAAACAAGUAAUGAGGAAUUAUGCAAACUGACAGUUACAUCAACUGAGAAUACUGACACAGCAGAUAUUACAUCAAGUAAUCAAACAGGUGUAUGUAUACCUCAACCAACAUAUUGUAUUGGUGGUUUUCAAUGUUUAACUGCCAGUCGGUCAGAAAUGGAAUCAUAUGUUUUAGAAACUAGAAUCUCAGCUGUUCGUGUUUUAGCUUAUUUAUGUUCACGUAUUUGUCAAUACAAUCAGUUAAUUCCAAUUUAUUUAUUGCCAUGUAUAUCGGACAUUUCAAAGUCGUCGUCGGCGUCGUCAGUAGUAGAAAACACUAAUCCGGACAAUGAUCCUACAACAACUACUACUAAUACCAACAAUAAUAGUAGUACAUCAACUAGUGUCUUAAAUUACGUUAUCGGACAACUCCUAUGCCAAUUGCAUUUAAAAGAUCGAUUAGCUAUGCAACGUUUUAUCGCUGGUUUAUUAGUAUCUUCAUGGUCUUUACUAUCGUCAAUGUCAUGUUUAUCAAGUUGCUUGAUUCAUCCGAAUGAUUCGCUUAAUAAUUUUACAUGGGCUAAUUUAUUUUCUACUUCGUCAUCUACCCCAUUCUUAUCAUUGGAUUUAAAACAAGGACAACAAUUAUUAGAUUUAAAUUUUAAUAUUAUAAAAACUGAUUUAUUGGAUGUAUCAAAACAGCUGCGUGGACGUUUAGAAUCAUGUUUAACUGAAGUGAUUUAUUAUGAAGAAAUACUAGCUCCUUUCAAACUAAUGCAAGAAGAUUGUCGUGAAUUAAUUAGAUUGAUGAAAAGUUGUAAUCUUCCAGUUGAUGCUCAAAUCCCGUUAAAUGGUGUAUUAACCAUAGUUCAUUGUAAAACAUUACUUCAUAAAGUGGCUAACUUAAUUCUUCAUACACAACAUAAAAAAGAAUCAUGUGUUAUAGAUUCAUCUUUACUGGAUCAAUUGCAUUGUCAAUUUGAACGAACUCGAAGCACAGUUGAUCAUUGUCUUACGCUACAAUUAUAUUUAGGAAAUCGUGUUGAAUUAGGCAUAGCUUGUGCAUUAGCUAAUAUGAAUUGGAUAUUACCUGGUCGUUUAAGUUUACUUAUACGUCCAUUAAUGGAUACUAUACGAUGUGUUAAUAAACCAUGUGUUAAUCAAUCUACUACUACUACUACUACUAAUCAUCCCCUACAAUCAUCAUUAUUAACUUCAACUACUACUAAAGAUGGUAUUUUCCCGCUAAAUACUCAAUCUAAUGUUACUUCGACUACAACAACUACUACAUCAUCGAUCUGUGGUGGAGUUGGUGGUAGUGCUGCUAGUAGUGCUAGUACUAUUACUACUACUACUAAUAGCAAUACUGUGAUUGUGAAUACAUGUAUAGAUUAUAUACCAAUUGGUACAUGUCUACAUCUUCAACGUUUAGCUGCUUAUUGUUUAGCACGUCUUUUAUGGUUAGAAUGGAAAAUGUUACUAAGUACUAAACAGUCAUCAUCAUCAACAACAUCAUCGUCGUUGACGAAUAACAAUUUGCAGCUGAAUACUUCUAAAGCUGCUGUUAAAGUAAUCAAAAAUCUUACUUCUUAUUUGAUAGAAUCUGAUCCAGAUCUAUCGUUCUCUUCAACAUCAUCAUCAUCAUCAUCAUCCGAAUCAAGUCAUCAAUCCAAUGAGGAUCAAUUUUUAUUGGAUACCAAAAUAACAAGUGGUAAUCCAUUGACUACUUAUCGAUUGGAUUCAAUGACCACUGCGACAUCGUCAUCAUCAUUUGAAGCACAACGUCAAUCUGCUCAAUAUCGUGGUGCACAUAUUUCUUUGUCUUGCAUCUGUUACAUGUUUAUCACAUUGUAUCAUCAUGAAGAAAUUGUUCAAACUCCUGAUUCGUCGUCGCCAUCAUCAAGGUCAACGAUGAAACCUGUGCUCGAUCACCAUCACCACCAACAACAACCUUGUCUGUAUCAUUUAUCCAAUACUUCAUUAAAUAGUCUACGUUUAGGUCUACCAUCAUUAUGGCAUUUAUUUUGGAUAAAUCCAAUUAAAAUUAUCAUUAAUGUUUAUGAUCAAUUAGGAAUUUUAACAGAACAUAAUGAACAACAACAACUACAUGAUAUUAAAGAAGGAGAUCAUAGUUAUAUGACUUUGAAGAAAUUAACUGAUGAAAUGAAAUUCAACCAGCUCAAAAUGAAAUCAAUCAAUUUGUCAAAAUCUAAUCAAAAUGAAUUAAUCAGUGGUUUAUUAGUCCUAUCAACAUGUUUACAUGUACUUCUGCCAUGUAUUGAUCCAGAUCAAAUUGACAAUGGUUCCGUUGAAACUAUUGAUCAUUUCCUAACAUUUGAACAAAUAAUUUGGUUAAGUGUAUUAGUAAUUCAUUUACCAUACAAGGCAUGUCGUCGUAUUGGUGCACGUCUACUAGCUGAUUUGACAUUAUUACGACCAGUGUAUACAUUGAAUAUUUUAUUGCCAUUAUUAUUGUUAUUCUUAACUAGUAAUAAUAAUAAUAAUAACAGUAGUAAUAAUAAUAUUCUCUUAUUAACUGAUUCAUCAACAACAUGUUGUCUUGGUACAUUGGAGACAUUUUUAACGAUUGUUGACAAAUUCUCCAAUUUACAUAAUUCAUCUAUUAGUAGUAUUAGUAGUAGUUAUAUUCUUCAAAAUUAUCCACCCAUCAUUCUUAACGAUCCACUUGUUGAACCGAAUGUCAAGGCGCUAUCUACAUGUUGUUGUCAAUGCCUUCUGAAAUCGACAAAUGAACAAACAAUAUUGAAUAAUUGUGAAUUGAAGUCUUCCAAUGAUUUAACGACAACGCCGCCACUGCCGCCGACAACGACGACGAGUAACACCAAUGCAAAUCUUGUUAAUGAUGUAACCAACUCAUCAUCUACACCUACAUCAACAUCAUCGUCAUCUUCAUUGUCGAAUAAUUUAAAAUUGUUCUUACCAUAUGUUGUCUUAUUAUUAACGCCAACAUUACGAUUAAUAUCGAAUUCUAAUCAACAGAUACGUUGCGUAGCUGGACGACUGUUUACAUCUUUAUUAGAUUUAUUACCUUUAGAAUCAUCCAUUCCGAAUCCGGAUAAAAUGAAAGAUGAAUUUAAACAACUCCGUACUGAACAACGUGAAUUCAUUGAUAAUCUAUUACAUCCCGAUCGUAUUCAAUUGUACAAUCUUCCAAUUAAAAUUAAUGGUACCCUACGACCAUAUCAGCAGGAAGGUGUCAAUUGGUUAUGCUUUCUUAAUCGUUAUGGUCUCAAUGGGAUAUUAUGUGAUGAUUUAGGCUUGGGGAAAACAUUACAAACUAUUUGUAUACUCGCCGGUAGUCAUUAUGAAUUGAAACAGUCGAUGAAAUUAUUGAAUAAUAAUAGUUCAACAAACAUAGUCGACAACACAACACAUCAUUCAACAACGAUGGUGCCGAUGAAGAAUAGAAUGCAUCUGAAUGAUGAUGAUGAUGAUGAGAAUGAUGCUGAAAAUGUCCCCAUCUCUUUAGUAAUCUGUCCAUCUACCCUAUGUGGUCAUUGGUUUCAUGAAAUACAACAUUUUGCCCAAACGGAUCAUUUGAAUCCAUUGAUUUAUGGUGGCAAUCAACUUGUUAGACAAAAUCUUCAAUCAAAAUUACAUCAAUACGAUGUUAUUAUUACAUCAUAUGAUUUGAUUCGAAGUGAUGUAGAAUUUUUGCAAUCAAUUCACUGGAAUUAUGUCAUUCUCGAUGAGGGUCAUAUUAUCAAAAGUAGUAAAUCAAAGGUUACACGUGCUGUAAAACAAUUAAUUGCUCAACAUCGUCUUAUUUUAACUGGAACACCUAUUCAGAAUAGAGUUUCUGAGCUAUGGUCUCUAUUCGAUUUCCUAAUGCCUGAAUUUUUGGGUUCUGAACAAUAUUUCUUAGCGAAAUUUGCACGUCCAGUAGCUGCUAGUCGAGAUCUUAAAGCUUCCAAAUCUGAUCAACGUGCAGGUCAGUUAGCAUUGGAAAAACUGCAUCGAUUAGUUUUACCAUUUAUGCUAAGACGAUUAAAAGAGGAUGUAAUGCAAGAUUUACCACCGAAAAUUAUUCAAGAUUUUCCUUGUAAAAUGACACCAGUUCAACGUAAAUUAUAUGAAUCAUUUCAAAAAACUGAUGAAGGACAACAGGCGAUGAAUAUCGUGUCAUCAACAACAACUAAUAAUAACAACAACAAGAGUGACAUCUAUUCUCAAUGUCAUUCCACUUUAUUCACUAAUGUUUCUUCGCCUACAUUGCAUGGUUUUCAUGCAUUACGUUAUUUUCAAGCUGUUUGUAAUCAUCCUUGUUUAGUGUUAAAACAAAAUCAUCCUAUGUUAAAUGAAAUGAAACAAGAGCUAUGUAUAGAUUCUUUGGACCAGUUGAGAUCAGUUCAUUUGAGUGGAAAACUUUUAGCAUUAUGUCGUCUUCUAACUGAUUGUGGCUUUGGCAGUCCAACUGCUAUCAACAACAACAGCAAUAGUACAAGUGUUGACAGUGGCAACAACACUUUAUCAUCUUCAUCGAAUUCAUCUCAUGAUUUAGAAUCCGAUUCAAGUCUGUUAAGUCAGCAUAGAGCUUUAAUAUUUUUUCAAACACGUGAAAUGUUACAAUUAACUGGAGAAAUGCUCAGAAAACAUUUCCCAUGGAUGACAGUGACACGAUUAGAUGGUACUGUCCCGGUGAAUGAACGUCACAAUCGUGUAGUGAAAUUUAAUCAAGAUCCAUCAAUUGAUGUAAUGUUAUUGACAACAGCUGUCGGUGGAUUAGGUUUAAAUUUAACUGGUGCUGAUACAGUGAUAUUUGUAGAACAUGAUUGGAAUCCAAGUAAAGAUUUACAGGCUAUGGAUCGUGCACAUCGUAUUGGUCAAUUACGCACCGUCAAUGUUUAUCGUCUUAUCACAGAAGAUAGUAUAGAAGAACAAAUUAUGAAUUUACAAUCAUUUAAAUUAUAUUUAGCUAAUACAAUUUUAACAACAGAUAAUCAACAUUUAAACCAAAUGGAUACAGAACAUUUAUUUGAUCGUUUCACUGGAACUACUAAUCCUACUACUACUGAUAAUAAUAAUAGUAGUAGUCAGACUGAUUGUCAUCAUCAUUACAACAUCACUUCACCACUACUGGUUGAUGAUCUUGAAGCAUGCUAUGAAGCUGAAUAUAAUUUAGAUCAAUUUGUGGCUCGUUUAAAAACACAUUAA